AUGGGGGCCCCACAGAAUCUUGAUCACCAGUCCAGCGACGUUCUCCGUCUUGGAAGCGGCGGAGGAGGAACCGCAUCACGCUCUUCCUCUGAUCUCAUUGCUGCAAAUGCUUCAGGCUACUUCAUGCAAGAGCAAAACCCUAGCUUUCAUGAUCAACAAGACCACCAUCAUCAUCAUCAUCAACAAGGGUUCUUGGCUGCGAACAAUAACAUCAAGCCAUCACCGAUGAGUUUUCAACAGAAUCUGAUGCAGUUCUCACAUGAUAACCAUAACCCUGCUUCCUCCAAUCUCUUCAAUCUCAGCUUCCUCUCUGGAAACAACGGAGUUACUUCUGCAACAAGCAACCCUAAUGCUCCCGCCGCUGCUGCUGUUUCUUCGGGUAAUCUUAUGAUGUCAAACCAUUAUGAUGGAGAAAAUGCAGUUGGAGGAGGAGGAGAAGGAAGCACUGGUCUCUUCCCUAACAAUCUGAUGAGUUCUGCGGAUAGAAUCAGCUCAGGAUCAGUCCCUUCACUCUUUAGUUCAUCAAUGCAAAAUCCAAAUUCAACACCUCACAUGUCAGCAACUGCCCUUCUUCAGAAAGCUGCUCAAAUGGGAAGCGUUAACGGAGUAGACUCUCCUUUUGGUUCAUACGGAGGAGGAAACAAAGGGUUAAGCGCUGAUAAACAGAGCAUGACUAGAGAUUUUCUUGGAGUUGGACAGAUCGUAAGAAGCAUGAGUGGAAGCGGAGGAGAAAGAGUUGGCUCGUCGUCGGAUUCCGCCGAUAGAAGCAGCAUGAAUGUGAAUACCGGUGGUGGUCCGGCAAGUACUUCACCACCUUAUGGAAUCCAUCAUGCGAGUUUCUAA